AUGUCGAAACGUCAUCUUUUCGACUCGCCGGAUGGGCUUGUGAACAAAGCCCUGCGAGGCAUCAUCUCUUACAACCCCUUCCUGGCUCUCGACGAGGCGAACCGCGUCGUUUUCGAUACCAAGUUUGACAAGUCCAAGGUCAGCGUCAUCAGUGGCGGCGGCUCCGGCCACGAACCAGCCUGGUCAGGCUACGUGGGCACGAACCUGCUUUCGGCAUCAGUAGCGGGCGACAUCUUUGCAAGCCCAAGUACCCGGCAAAUCCUAUCCGCCAUCGACCAAGUUCCUUCCGACAAAGGCAUCAUACUCGUCAUCACAAACUACACUGGUGACUGCCUGCACUUUGGCCUCGCCAAUGAAAAGGCGCGCGCCAGAGGCCACGACUGCCGCAUGAUCAUCUGUGGCGACGAUGUCUCGGUCGGCAAGAGGGGCAGCCUUGUCGGGCGACGCGGUCUUGCUGGCCAACUUGGCGUCCUCAAGGUCAUGGGUGGUGCCGCCGGCGCAGGUGGCUCGCUAGAUGAGGUGUACGACCUCGGUGUCGCCUUUUCGCAACAAAUUGUCUCAAUCGCGGCGUCUCUCGACCACUGUCACGUCCCCGGCCGAACGGAGCACGGUGCGCUCCUCGCCGACGAGGUCGAGAUCGGCACGGGUCCCCACAACGAGCCCGGGUACCAGAAACUCUCGCCGCCGCCGUCCCCGGACGAGCUCGUGCGCAAGGUCCUCACGUACUGCCUCGACGAGUCGGACCCGGAGCGCGGCUACGUCCAUUUUGCGCCGGGCGACGAGACGUUCCUGCUCGUCAGCAACUUUGGCGGCAUGUCACACCUCGAGAUGGGCGCCCUCGUCGAUGAGCUUCUCGACCAGCUGGCAGCAGAGUGGCGCAUGGAGCCCGUGCGUGUCUUUGCCGGGUUUCUCGAGACAUCGCUCAACGCGCCGGCGUUUAGCGUGUCGGUCAUCAACGUAUCGGCCGCGGCGCGCAAUUGCUCGUACAGCGUCGAACAGAUCCGCGGAUUCGCCGACGCGCAUACGGACACGUACUGGGAGUCGAUGACGGGUCUGCAGUCGCAGAGGCGGAAACGCGGCGAGCAGAUUGUCACGGCGCCAUCGCAGGCGGGCGAGGAGGCAAAGAGCAGGCGGGCCGCCGCCUUGGACGAGGCACAAGACGUCAAGGUUGAGCCUGCCAGGCUAGAGGCCAUGCUGCGCACGGCGUGUGAGGCGCUCGUGGCGUCCGAGCCAGACCUCACGCGCUGGGACACGGUCAUGGGCGACGGUGACUGUGGCGAGACGGUCAUGACGGUGGCCGUGUCGCUACUAGCGGCGCUCGACGCGGGCGUGGCGCGGUCUGGGUCCGUGGGCCGCGUGCUCGCCGAGCUCGAAGAUAUCGUCGAGUCCAAGAUUGGUGGCACGCUCGGCGGCGUACUCGGCAUCUUUUUCGUGUCGCUGCGCGUCGCAAUGCAGCGGGACGCGGCCAUCGCGCGGACACAGGGUCAGGAGGCCCUCUGGACGGGUGCUCUGACGACGGCGCUCCAGAACCUCCGGCGGUACACGCCAGCCAAGGUGGGAGACCGCACCAUCAUGGACGCUCUCAUUCCCUUUGCCGAGGGCAUGGCCGUCGGGGGCUUCACGGCGGGCGUGGAGGGUGCUGUGGGCGGUGCCGAGUCGACCAAGGGCAUGAAGCCGCGGCUGGGUAGGGCGACCUAUGUCGGAGUCGGGUCUGGAGACGAGGGCAGGGAGAUCCCGCCCGACCCGGGCGCGUGGGCAGCGAGGGUCACGGUGGAGGGGCUCCUCGCGGGGAUGGCUUAG